UGUUUCAGUAUUCAUUAGUAGUUCAGUAGUUUUCUAUGUUUAGUUGGGAAGAAAUUAUUUGCGUGGUUGAUGUUAAAAGACAGACGAAAGGUGGUUUAGCAGAAGAAGUGGAUGAAAAAGUGUUACAUGCAGCGUUCAUUCCAUUCGGCGACAUCACGGAUAUUCAGAUCCCUUUGGAUUAUGAAACCGAGAAGCAUCGUGGUUUUGCCUUCAUCGAGUUUGAGCUGGCUGAGGAUGCUGCAGCGGCCAUUGAUAACAUGAACGAGUCGGAGCUGUUUGGUCGGACCAUCAGAGUGAACAUCGCCAAACCCAUGAGGAUUAAAGAGGGCUCGUCUCGACCUGUCUGGUCUGAUGACGAUUGGCUGAAGAAGUUCUCAGGGAAGACGACAGAGGAGGCGGAGGAGGCGGAGCCAGCCGGAGAAGCGAGCAAAACCAUGACCCAGGAGGGAGAGCCACCGGCUAAGAAGGGCAGAGCGAACCCACAGGUCUACAUGGACAUCAAGAUCGGUAAUAAACCUGCAGGAAGACUGCGCAUGUUACUCCGAGCUGACGUGGUGCCCAUGACUGCAGAGAACUUCCGUUGCCUGUGUACACACGAGAAAGGUUUCGGCUUCAAGGGCAGCAGCUUCCACAGGAUCAUCCCUCAGUUCAUGUGUCAGGGAGGUGACUUCACCAACCACAAUGGCACCGGCGGCAAAUCCAUCUACGGACACAAGUUCGACGAUGAGAACUUUGUGCUCAAACACACCGGUCCAGGUCUGCUCUCAAUGGCGAACUCUGGUUCGAACACAAACGGCUCGCAGUUCUUCAUCACCUGUGACAAAACAGAUUGGCUGGAUGGCAAACACGUGGUGUUCGGAGAGCUUCUGGAGGGCAUGGAUGUGGUGCAGGCCAUGGAGGCUCAGGGAAGUAAAGAUGGCAAACCCAAACAGAAGGUGAUUAUAUCUGAUUGUGGAGAGUACGAAUGAGCACCUGUACCUGCGGAGUGUGUGUGGAACAUGCUUGUUGGAAUGCCUGUGUGUGUGUGUGUGUGUGUGUGUGUGUGUGUGUGUGUGUGUGUGUGUGUAUUUUAUGAGUAUAGUUCAUGUCACUCAACUCGGUCAAAGCCUUCUGGUUUAAACAGAUGCUUUCUUUUGUAUGAUGGAUUUGUAAAUAUCUAAUAAAUUUUUAUAAUGAAAA